AAUGGAUCAACCAUAAGCUCGGUCCCGUAGUCAAAUACAUUUUCAGCAAGCCUGCGUGACUGCGUCUUGGCUCUUCCAUCAAACCGAAAUUGAAGGAGCCAGCGAUGCGGCCGCACACCCUCAUGGUCUGCGAGGAACUCUCACUUCCAUCGUUUCAAAUUAUAGUGAUAAACGCAGAUGUGGGAUGUGACCAUUGUCAAGACAGAGUCUCUAAGAUUGUCUCCAAGAUGACCGGAAUAGAAGAAUAUGUGGUUGAUGUGAAGAACAAGCAGGUCAUGGCACGAGGUCACUUCAAACCACGUUUGGUUUCUCAUCAACAAGUCAAGAACAUCGCCUCUCAAACUCUCUCCCAAAACGCCAAACGCUUUUUCCGACCACUAAACAUCUUCAUUCGCUCAAUUUUCUCCAAUUGUUUAUGUCCAAAUACAUUUUAAAUUCUGUCAAAACUCAUCAACACAAAUUAUUAGUGGUACAACGUAACCAAUAUCAGUGCAGGGUGAUGGUAUGUAUCACACAUAAUUCACAUGGCCAAUAUUUAUUUGUACUUUUUGGGUUAACCUUUUACCCCCAAAGCAAGUAGUUAAAUAAAGUGAUAUCAUUC